AUGUCUGCGUUGUCGGCGGACGAGUACUCCCAACUUUCGCGGGACGAACAGGGAGUCGAAGACCAAGUACAAAUGGAGCGCAUACGGAAAGAGCAAGAGUCUCUACCAUACGCAUGGGGCCAAAAAUUGGACCAUGUUGAGAUGUCGUUUCCCGUGCCUCCAGGAACGCGCGCGCGUCAGGUCCAGGUCACGCUGAAGCGCACAUAUUUGUCUGUUCUCGUCCAUAAUAAUGUGGUUGUUGAGGGCACUUUAUACAGACCUAUCCAACUGGAUGGUAGUACAUGGACGAUCGGUAUGUGCUGCAACCUAAUCUCAGAUGACGGUCAAAUGCUCAGCGUCUAUUUGGAAAAAGAAAAUGGCAACGAAUGGUGGCCUCAUGUGGUCACGCACCACCCUCAAAUUGAUACCACGAAAUUGACGCCGGAAGACUCUCAACUCUCGGACUUGGACGGCGAAACACGGUAG